UCUCUCUCUUACUGCAGCUGGAUUCCCGGCUGAGUAGCCCCACCUCCUCCUCCUCUCCUCCUCCUCCUCCUCCUCCCGCCGGAGUCUGCCUUGUCUCGGCUCGCCCGGCUGCUCUCUGGAACUUUGCGCUCGGCUCGCCUUCCCUUCUGCCAACUUUUCCCCGUCGCCGCUCGACGGGAACUUCUUCUCCCGCCUUGGCCGCCAAGGAGAGCCCAGAUCCCGCCGGAGGUGGGAGGCGGCCCGCUGGGGAGAUGCGGUCGGGGAGUGAUUAGAGCGCGGGGCUCCGGGUUUGCUCGCCGCCGCCGCCGCCGCCAGCGCUGCAGCAACUUGGAGCGGAGCGGUGGUCGGCGCCGCUGCGGCAGAUCGGCGGAGGAGAAAUUCUUGCUGCUGUUUCUGCUCCUCCUUUUAACUGCGCCUGAAGCUCCCGCGCCGCCCGCUCGGCUGCUUUUGCCUUUGUCUGUUAACAGUGCGAGAGAAAAACAGAAGUUUUACUUCAUGGCAAGAAGUAAUAUCCUGCAACAGAAAUUGCCCCCCAAACUGGGCAGAAGGAAUCCUCAUAAAUUGUGACGUGCAGACCUUCAAUCAGAUUUUGCUGAAAUGGGUUAUAUGGCUCGCAGUUCAGUCCUGGGAUUUAUUCUUAAAUCUACAAUGAUAAAUGGACUUAUGAUUGUUCCUGUUCUUGUAAUGAUAGCUGUUCUUUCGCCGAGCAAGGCUGACGACAAGCUAAAACUAAUGACUGACUAUGAAUGCGUGUGUGAAGGCAUGUCGUGUGUGAACGGAGUCCGCUGCAGAGGACAUAGGUGCUUCUCCUCCUUGAGCAUCAAUAAUGGAGAAAGAGUUUACCAGAAAGGCUGCUUCCAAGUUUAUGAGCAGGGGAAGAUGACAUGUAGAACUCCUCCAUCCUCAGAUCAAGCCGUGGAAUGCUGUCAAGGGGACCUGUGCAACAGCAACAUAACAGCAGAGCUACCAAUGAAAGGGCAUCCAUCUCAAGGGGAAGCCGUGGGUUACACCAUGGAAAUGCUUGUCAUUUUCAUACUGGCUCCCGUUAUGGUGCUGAUUGUAUUUUCGGCAGCAGCAGUGCUGAUCAUCAGAAAGGUUCGGCAGCGCCAUAUGGAAAGGCUGAAUUCAAGGGACGCAGAAUAUGGCACAAUUGAAGGGCUCAUAGCCUCAAAUGUUGGCGAUAACACAUUGGCAGACCUGUUGGACCAUUCCUGUACCUCUGGGAGCGGCUCAGGGCUGCCUUUCCUAGUACAAAGAACAGUGGCUCGGCAGAUUACCUUGUUGGAGUGCGUAGGGAAAGGCCGAUACGGAGAAGUCUGGCGAGGACAAUGGCAAGGAGAGAACAUUGCUGUCAAGAUCUUUUCUUCCCGAGAUGAAAAGUCCUGGUUCAGAGAAACAGAAUUAUACAAUACCGUGUUGCUGAGGCACGAAAAUAUUUUAGGUUUUAUUGCUUCAGACAUGACAUCACGGAAUUCUAGCACUCAGUUGUGGCUGAUCACACAUUACCAUGAAAUGGGCUCGCUCUACGACUACCUGCAACUGACAACGUUGGACACUGUGAGCUGCUUACGAAUAGUUUUGUCCAUAGCUAGUGGCCUUGCUCAUUUGCAUAUUGAGAUAUUCGGGACCCAAGGAAAACCUGCCAUUGCUCAUCGGGACUUGAAGAGUAAAAACAUCUUGGUUAAGAAAAACGGGCAGUGUUGCAUUGCAGAUCUAGGUCUCUCCGUCAUGCAUUCUCAAAGUACCAAUCAGCUGGAUGUUGGGAACAACCCCCGUGUAGGUACCAAGCGCUAUAUGGCCCCAGAGGUCCUAGAUGAAACAAUUCAGGUGGACUGCUUUGACUCCUACAAAAGAGUUGAUAUUUGGGCAUUUGGACUGGUCCUCUGGGAAGUAGCCAGGCGCAUGGUUAGCAAUGGUAUAGUGGAAGACUACAAACCUCCAUUUUAUGAUGUCGUUCCUAACGAUCCUAGUUUUGAAGACAUGAGAAAAGUAGUUUGUGUGGAUCAGCAGAGGCCAAAUAUUCCCAACAGAUGGUUUUCAGACCCUACAUUAACUUCACUUGCUAAGCUCAUGAAAGAAUGCUGGUACCACAAUCCAUCGGCAAGAUUAACAGCUUUGCGUAUCAAAAAGACGUUGACCAAAAUUGACAAUUCCUUGGACAAGCUCAAAUCUGACUGCUGAUAAAAAAAAAAAAAGCCACAAUGCUGGCAGACGCAAAGAAGGACAUACAACUUGCUGGGAUUUGGUUCCAAGUGGCUUCAGGCAUCGGCACAGUUGUAUACCCAAACCAGCCAUUUGAGAGGAAACAAAGCCAUGCGAAUCUUAAUUAGCGCCUGCCAUGGCAUUUUUGCAAAUGGCCAAUCAUUAAAGACUUCAAGCUGGAUCUCUGGUGGCCUAUGGAAGAAAAAGACAAAGGAGUCCUAAGACAAAAUCGGGGCAUUAGAACCACGGCUUUUAAUUUUUUUUUUUUAAUUCAGAAAAAAAAAGAGUCUGUUUGAUGCUCCCAACUUUGACACAUGGAACUGGACAAUUUCAAUCCACAACUUUGCCUGCGUGUCUCUUCUUCGUUGCACUAAGGGAUUCCUUGCAUUCCUUCCUUGCACUGUUACAGUUUAAUUUUAAGGAACUGACUUGCCAAAAAUAGGAUUGGCUUUGUAUACCUUGAUCUAUGUUUUUUUGGAUAUUAGGAAAUCAGUUUGGGCAACUGAACCCAUAACUGACUCUUCUCCUCUUUCUCUUUUUAUUUUGUUAAGCUGCAUUUUACAUAUGUUUACAGUAAGGCUGGAACACUAGGAAUUGUUGAUGAGGAAACAUGCAGAUUUUAUUUAUUACUGGUGCAUUUAACAGUUUUUAAAAAACAGAGAAAAAUGCAUACAGUUAAAGUUUAUUUUUAUGUAGCUUCUAUCACUUACAGUCUCUUUUUCGUAAUAUCAUAUAAUCGGAAUUGGUUCUGUUUUUUCCCGUUGAAUCGUUUAGACAUUUUAAUCACAUUUUAAGUGCUUCACAUUUUAUAUGUGUAUGGUCUGUAACAUAUAUUUUCAGUUCAAAAUAUGCAAAACAUUUAUAUAUAAAUAUAUAUAAAUAUAAAUAUAUAUCUAAAUAUAAAGCCAUUACUCAAAUUAUGUCACAUCUAGUACCUUAUUGAUUUAGAAGAACGGAUUAGCAAAGCAAAAAAGCAAACAAUAGUUCAUCAGAAAGUGCUGCUUCCUCCCUCCCCCAAUUUAUACAUAAUGAGCAUUUAAAUGUGGCAAGGAAGAAAUUGUUUUAAUUUGCUUUUUUUCUCCCUAUUAAGUAACUGCUUGUAUAAAUGAAAGAUAAUAUUUCCCAGUGAAAUGAAAGGGAAGUAUUCUGCUAGUGCCUCCUGGGCUUAAGGUGAAGGUGGUGUACUUAAAUUGAAGCAUCACCAACAUAUAUAUAUAUAUAUAUAUAUAUAUCUGUGGGUGAUUCCCAUCCUGGACUGAGCUGUGCUGGAAAAUCUGCCAUCAUACAUUUUGGCCUAUGUGAUGGAAGAGACAUCUCUUGAGGUUUGGCAUGCUGGAACUGUCCCUCAGACGGAAUAUUCAUUCUGGAGCUAUGACCUCAUAAUGGCAUGUGAUGUAUAGAUAAAACAUGAUGUCUUCUGGCUGCUUUUUUUGAUAUCAAGUUUCCCAAGUAAACAACUUUGAUUCUAGUGCCUUGCUUUGUACUAUAGUUACUCUCCUUUGAAGCUUUCCAAGCAAAAAAACUUGGAAUGCUGACCUUCGAACAUUAAACCAGGACAAUGUCUGGAAAAGCUGAAUGGACUUGGUUUAAAUUGAGAGCGUUAAAAAUAAAAUAAAAUAAAAAAAUAGGACAGGACAAUUGAGGCUUCCAUUAUCUCCUAUCCUCUUUUAUAUACUUCAAUAACAAUUAUUUGGGGGAUGUAUACAAGGUUUGGUUUGGACAACUAUAUGCUCAGUGAAAUACUACUGCUUUUACUAAAUGGAGACAUCACUAUCAUUCAUAUAGUAUUGGAUAGACAUACCGUGAUUUGUUAGGAUUUAUUCGCAUCCCCUAUGCAAUUCAGAUUUUCAAAUGUUAUUUGAAUGUCAAUCAUUUCUUCCUCAUAUUUAACACCAGAAACUACAUAAAAGGGCAAUUUACAGUAUUUUUCAGAGUAUAAGACACACUUCCCCCUCCCCCCAAAAGUGGGUGGAAAUGUCUGCGUCUUAUACAGUGAAUGUUGCCGAAGCCCCACCCACCCGCCGGCCUCUGCCUCCCAGCAAUUUGCCUCCUUGCAGCAAACAUCAAAUAGCGUGGUCAGCUUCAGCACAACCUGAUUUAGUACGAGCAGCUGAUUGGCGGUUGGAUCUAUCUCCUGGUAUAACUCCUAUCAGCUGUUCCAGGCUGCGGGGAUCCUGGUGGUGCAGUGGACUAAACUACUGUUAAAGUAGUAUUUAGCUGCCAGCUGCCUGCAAUUACUGCGAGUUCAAUUCUCAACAGGCUCAAGGUUGACUCAGCCUUCCAUCCUUCCGAGGUAGGUAAAAUGACCCUGUUUGUGGGGGCAAUAAACUGGCUUUGUAUAAAAUAGAACACUGCUUUGGGGGGGGGCGGCAAAAGCCCUACUAAGCAGGUAUAUACAAAAGUAUGAAGGUUAUUGCUUAAAAGCAUUGUAAGCUGCCCUGAGUCUCCGGAGAAGGGCGGCAUAUAAAUCAAACAAACAAAUAAAUAAAUAGGAGGUAUUCCUGGGUACUUACGGGACCGCCUUCUGCCACCGAUAGCCUCCCACCAGCCAGUACGCUCCCAUAGAGAGUGACUCCUCAGGGUGCCGUCAGCCAGACAAUGUCGGCUGGUGACCCCCAGGGGGAGGGCCUUCUCUGGCACCACCUGUCCUCUGGAAUGACCUGCCCCUGGAGAUACGUAGGAUCCCAGAUCUCCGUGCUUUUCGCCGUGCCCUUAAAAUUUUUUUAUUUCAUCAAGCCGAGCUGGCUUAAUCCCUCCCCCCUUAGACAUUUUUAAUUGUUAAUUAAUUUUAGUUGGGGUGUUUUAAAUUUAUUGGGCCAAAAUUUGUUUAAUUCUUUUAAAAAAAUAAAUAAAUUUUGUAUGUGAUGUUUUUAUUCUUGGCUGUUCACCGCCCUGAAUCCAGUGGGAGAAGGGCAGUAUAAAAAUCUUAUAAAAUAAAAUAAAUAAAAUAAAUAAAUAAUAUUCCGGGAGGCAGAUCCAAAUGCCAAUCAGCUGCUCGAUCUAAAUCAGUCUGUGCUUAAUCUGACCAUGCUGUUUGCUGCAAGGAGGCAAAUUGCUUGGAGGCAGAGGCAGGAUUUUUUUUCAUGUUUUCCUCCCCAAAAGCUAGGUGCACCUUAUACUAGCGUCUUACAGUCUGAAAAAUACGGUAUAUGUAAGUAAAGAGUAAUGCUGGAAAGGACCCAUAAAAAUGGUGCUUGAUGUCCUACUUCUUAAGCUUUCUAUAGUUUGAUAAGCAGCUUGGUAUUUUCUACGAGAGUUGUAACUUGUCCAAUUAACUUUCACUUGUUAAAAUGCUUGGUGACAACCCAAAUAAAAAAGAAAUGAGAAAUUACUAAUUUUUAACCAACUCCAUUUAAUAAUGAUGAACUUUUCCAUGAGGACUGGUUAUCCAGCUAAUAAAUACUCAUCCUUUGA